AUGAAUUCAUUUCCAAAUGGUUUAAACUCUUAUGGUGAUGAUACUAUGAACAAUCGUAGGUUUACUCCCAUCGAAAUGAAUUCCAACUUUAGGAAUUACGAGUCUAAGAUGGUUGAGUCAAGAUUCAUUACUUCUGGCCACACAAACCAUCAUGGUUUAUUUUCUUCUUCGUCUCUCUCUUCAUCUUCUUUUGGUCUCAAUAAUCCACAAGUGGCUUAUCAAAUGAGGCAAAACAUGGUGUCUCGUUUCGAGAUGCCUUGCAUAACUCAAGUCCCUAAUAAUCCUCAUCUUUCUCAAAUCUCUGUCACUCAAACUAUCACAAAUAGGUAUUCCGCUAUUAUUCCAACCCAUAAUUUGGUCACUAGCCAAAAUGCAUAUCGUCGUGCCAUGAAUCACAACAUCUUCAAUUCUUCUUUUUACCCUACAAAUUUUGUUGAGAAACAGUGCGAGAUCUUGAAUCCAACACCUCUACGUACUGUUUUUCCACAUCAAACUUCUGUGUAUCCAAGGCAGCCUAAUAGGUUUUCUUUUUCACCGGAACACCACCAUGACCAACAUGUCUCCAAUCGUCGACCAGUGAAGAAACGAUGUAGAUCAACCAGGUAUUUCGAAGAAAACUUUGAAGGUUUUGAUUCUGAAGAAAGUGGUGAAUAUGAUGGUCGAACACAUAGUUUACCAUAUAAGAAAUAUGGUCCAUAUACAUGUCCCAAAUGUAACAAUGUGUUCGACACUUCACAAAAGUUUGCUGCGCAUAUGUCCUCGGUUCAUUACAAGAAUGAGACCAUCGAUGAAAAGUUUAAGAGAUACAAAGCGAGGAACAAAAAAAGAUUAUGUAAAACAAACCAAAUGAGCCAUGAGGAAUCUCACAACAUCCAGCCCGAAGAGAGAGUUGUAGAGCAAGGUGGAGGCAAUGACAACACAGCAAGCGACCCUGAAGCUUUUCAACACCAUAUGAUUGUUAAAGAAGAACCAGUUUAA